CGCCGUUAACUUCCCAAACAUACCAUCUGCGAUGAGACCUGUGCCUCACAGUGACGAAAAUCCUAUUCCAAAACCCCUAGAAUCCCACACUUGCGAAUCAGAAAACGAAUCAGAUCAUGGCGAUCGAGUGAUUCGUCAGGAAGAAGAUAUGCCAUCAACGUCAGGAGAUCCUGAUUUUAUACCGAGCACGUCAUGCCACCAACCGCACAAAAUAACACAGUCAGAAUUAAAUGAUCUUGUAAGAGAUUUAGAACUUCCAAAAUGUAAGGCAGAGUUACUUGGAUCAAGACUGCAGCAGUGGAACUUGUUAGAAGACGAUGUUUCGGUAUGUGUUUUUCGUAAACGCCACAAAGACUUUGAACCAUUUUUCAAUAUGGAGAAUAACUUGGUUUUCUGCAGUAACAUUAACGGCUUACUGGCGGCUUUAAAUAUAAACUAUAACCCAGAAGAAUGGAGAUUGUUUAUAGACAGCUCAACAUUGAGUUUAAAGGCAGUGUUAUUGCAUAUUGGAAAUAUUUUACCAUCUCUUCCUGUAGGGUAUGCAGUUCACAUGAAAGAACCAUAUGACAAUAUGAAGUACCUAUUGACAUGCAUAAAAUACGAUGAGCACCAAUGGCAUAUUUGUGGCGAUUUGAAAGUUAUUGCACUUUUACUUGGGCUGCAGCUAAACUACACAAAGUUUUGCUGUUUUUUGUGUGAAUGGGACAGUCGGGCAAAGGCACUUCAUUACACCAGACAAAACUGGCCUGUUCGUCAAUUCCUAGAGCCAGGUCAAAAAAAUGUACAGCAUAUGCCAUUAGUAGAUUCGAAAAAAAUUUUAUUACCACCACUGCAUAUCAAGUUGGGCCUAAUGAAAAACUUUGUCAAGGCAUUAGAUAGAGAUGGGUCAGCUUUUCAAUACCUGCGUCAGAAAUUUCCAAGACUAAGUGAGGCAAAGGUUAAAGAAGGUAUUUUUGUUGGGCCACAGAUUCGAAAUAUUCUGAAAGAUACACAGUUUGAAGACACUUUAACAGGUAUUGAAAAAACUGCUUGGAAUGAUUUCCGUCUGGUGGUCACUAAUUUCUUGGGAAAUAGAAAAGCUGACAACUAUAAAACCCUUAUGGGCUGUAAUAUGUCUCUUAAGAUACAUUUCCUAUACUCACACCUGGACUUUUUUCCUGACAAUUGCGGAGCCGUAAGUGAUGAGCACGGCGAACGUUUUCAUCAGGAUAUUUCAACAAUGGAAAAAAGGUACCAGGUAAAGUGGAAUCCUUCCAUGCUUGCAGACUACUGUUGGACUCUUGGUAGAGAUGCUCCAGAAACGAUCCAUAAAAGAACAGCAAAAAGACAGCGCAUAUAG